UAACAAUUAAAUUGGUGUAAAAGGUGUAUCAGGCUUAGGUCCUGCUUUAGCAAAUUGCAUUAAUCUCUCGAACUUGACACUUUACGUUUCUUACAAUUAAAUUGGUGAUAAAUGUGCAUCAGGCUUAGGUUCUGAUUUAGCAAAUUGCAUUAAUCUCUCAAAUUUGACACUUGACAUUAG